AUGGCCAGCUUUGCUAGGUCGUUCAAGCCGCCAACGGCCCAGGCCUUGUUAUCGCCUCGGCGACGCCCUGGGAUGGCCGGUCGCACAUUGUCAAACUCGUCCGAACUUUCGCUGACGCCAAACUCCGUGACGGGACGCCAGAUGGACUAUUUUGACCAACCAGUCACAGUCACAUCAGCACCAAACACACCUUUGCUGUCUCCCGCCUGCGCACCUGUUCUGGAAGAUGGGGUCCCUCGACCUGUCCGAGGCAGUCCCGAAUCUGCGCCUUACUACUCGAGACCAAGCAGCAGCAACCCCAUUGCUAUUGAACUCCCCCGAGGCAGAAGAAGGCAUACUUCUAUGCUGUCCCCCACUCCUCCGGAACCAUUGUCUGCUCGCGGUGACGUGCAAGGCGCAUACUUCCCAAUGCACGAAGACCCCAAGGGAAGAAUCCAUCGGCCGCAUCCAUUCUUCCAUGAAUCAGCUCAUUCUCGACAAACCCGUGCCUCUGAAACCAUGCAAGCGGAACGCGCCAGAACGUCCCAUCCGGCCACCUCAGCCACCGUCACCACAUCAAGCACGCCAGUGUCCUCCUAUAUAGCCCCCGGGUUCCACGACGUCCCCUUGCCUAUCGGCAAGUACUACCCUUCAAACUACGAGCAACACCAUCCACCACCACCCGACGACUCGCACCACCCACGGCGGCCAGCGCCCAUGGCAGACGACUUGCCCUCGACCUCGCCAAAGCCGGACCCGCAAGCACCGCCGGCGCGGUCAGAUUCCUGCCGAGGCGACAACCCCCAAAUGCAAAUGCGUCGCAGAAUGCUGCAGUACAAGCGCGACAUGAUUGCGCAAGCAACCAUGUUCCUUGGCGCGUCCACCAAGACGACGAAACCCGGCAUGUCCCUCAGCGGCCUGCCUAUCAAGGACAUCUGGUUUCCCGCGUCAGCGUCGCAGAGGCCCCUGUCGCCCAGGCUGCAUCCCUUGGGCAGUCCCGGGCCGGUUACGCCGAUGGAGCUGGAGUCGGGUGGGAGCAGCUACCUCGACCGAGGAGUGAAGCUGCCGCCGCCCCCUGCCAAAGUCGCCCAUUCCGCAGGACACAUGCCAAGCAGCUGCCGUGAGAAUGAAACUUUAUGA